CCUUUCAUAAAGUUCCCUGCACUUCCUACAGAUCAGCAGAUGGAGAAAAAGACAGAUUUCCAAACAAUUCUUUUCACACCUGUACUUACCUGUGUGACUGCAAAUCAACCCAAUUGGUUAGUAAAGGCUUCAGGUGGAACUUGCUGAUGGGUCGACAGGAGGGAUCCUAAACACUCAGCGGGCUUUUAGCCUUUUGGGUCUUUUGAGUCUGGGGGGUGGGGCUGCCAGAAGCCUCUGCAAGCCGAAAGACGGACCUCAGCACUGAUUCGGUGGGCUCCACCACUCCUGGCGGAGGAGGUGGCGUUGAUCAGACAGAGGGAGGACAGGGAGACGGGCGGCUGGUGCAGGAGCUGUGGUUCAUCGUUGUUCUGGCAGGCAUUGCCCUGCUGCUGCUGGCUGUUGUGUUGGGUGUGGUGCUCCAUAAGGCUCUGAGCAAACCUCACAUGCCUCGUGAAAGACCUCCUCUGGCGGCCAUGCAUAAGAGGAGCCCAAUGGCUGUUUAUCCUCCCAGCAACUCUGUCUUGUUUGACACCGUCCCCGACACGACGGGCUUCUCCUCCAGCGUGACUCUCAAAGGCUUCACCAUGAAGAUAGAGGAAGUCCUGGAAGCAAAGUGUGACCCUGAAGACGAGGUUCCUCAGCCACUGAGCAUCGUCAGCGGGACCUCCCUGAGGCGCAGCAUCAGCCAGCUGAUGGACGGGAAGUCGCUGGAGGACGAUGUGUGGGACCCAAACAUUUCCGGCCACGACAGCGGGAUGUUCAUGGAUGAUGAGGAAUUCGUUGAAACCAUCAAAGGCUUCAGCACUGUGAGAAAGGAGCAUACCAUGUUCAACGACACCAACCUGUGACCCGGACGGCACACCUGGAUUUAAACAGCUUGAACAUUUUUCAUACAGAUGUUGGCUUUUACAGCAUCUAUGCAGCUGGACAGGGAAGCAGUGAAGGGUGGGAAGAAAAACGAGAUGCAUAUCAGACACUGAAACUGAUGCAAAGAGCGAGAAGAAAAUGGGAUCUUCAACCACAAGUGGAAUUCUGUUAGUAUUUGGAUCACUGUCACAAAAUCAAGAACAGCUCUUUAACUCUUGUGCUAUCUUAGAUGACCCCACCCUUACAUUGACGUGUUCUCCCUACCAUGACAAAGGUGGAUAAAGGUGGAAAGAUUUCAUGUAAUCCAUGGACACCAGUGAAGAUCACAAAUCAUUGAAGAAAAAAGGUUCAGAGCACUGUCUAGUGGGUCUAGGUGACCCAACUCCCAACAUUAAAGUGCCUAGGAUAGCACAAGGGUUAAGCGAGAUGUCGUUAUCUUAUGUAUAACCAACAUAGAUGACAAAGUUCAUGACCUUUCCAAAAAUGGAAACAGAAUUCACAAGCUCUCACCUGUUGGAUCACACCCUGAAGAGUUCAUCUAGAGGUGGAGAUUAAAUGGCGAGGGGUCAAUUUUAAUUGUUUUUUCGUGUCAACAUAAAAAAACAAACAAACUGUUUUUGUUUUACAAAAUCCUGAAUAUUUGCAAAGAUGCAUCAGGAUCAUUGAAAAAAAGAACAAAAUUUCUGGGAGUAAAUCUAGAAUACAAAAACUCCCAGAAGUGAUUUUUAUUGUGUAAUUAUAACAUUUCAACCUUUAUUCUCAUAAUUCUAAAUUUUCUUUUCAAAAUUCUGAGGUGUUGUCUCAGAAUUGUGACUCGAUUCUCCAGAUUUACUUCAAUCUUGUAAUUUUUGUUUGAUUUCUUUUACUGUUCUAGGAACAUCACCAAUGCUCUCGAGAUUAAAUUCAGAAUUCUUUACAGAAUCACAGGUUUUUUCUUCACUCGUGGCGACUGACUGCGUUCCCUGUGAAUGUAGGUGAAACACUGACCUGAAACACAAACCAAAUCCAUGCAAACGUCAUUUAAUCCACAGUGAAAAUGUUUUUUUCAUCCUUACGUACUUCAGAUUAAAUUUGUAUAAACAGGAAACCUAAGAUUUUUUAAGGGGAAAAAUGGAAAAUCAGACACAAAAACCAAACUUGGAGCCCAACUUCAGAUCACUGAGAGUUUAUUUUAAUAAAAUCAAUGCUCUAACAGUCUUAAACUGAAUGGAUUGAUAAAAAAAAAA